GUCUGUCUGCUUCCAACGACCGGUUCUCGCUAGUAAAUCGGCCGAUUUUAUAGUCCGAUUGACCUACCGGUUCACGCGUUCCAGAUAACUUUAAACGUUUUACCGACUUGCUGCCCGGCAGUCUGAAACUUUCUGCUCACGAUCGCGAACAGCAAUUCGGACGAUUGCUUCGUCGAGGAGGGAAAGGUGAGAGAAGAUGACGAUCGAUAGGUGUAUCGGCAAGUUGACACUGAUCUUGGCAUUCGCGGUGUCGUUAACCUUCGCGAGCGAUCUAUGGCCUUCGUGCACCGGGAAGACCAUGAUAAGAUCGGCAGAAUUAUCCUGCGAGGAGAAACAGACAAUCUUAGACGAGCAUAAUCGCCUGAGACAACUAGUGGCUCUGGGCCAGGUCAGUGGACAGCCCAGUGCUGCCAAUAUGAGGGAAAUGACUAUCGAUCAUGUUUAACGACGAUCGAUGUACAGGAAGAUUCCCAGUGGGACAAAAUAUGGCUCGAACAUGGACAAGACCCGCGGGAUCCUACGACGACCGGCCAAACUGGCGUCAGAGUAUUUACAGCUGGUUCAACGAAGUACAACACUAUCGCACAGGCUACAGUGAAACCACCGGCCAUUACACUCAGCUCGUCUGGAGUGACACAUACCUCGUGGGCUGCGGCUACUCCUUCUAUUACGAUCCUGCCCAAGGCUACACCAAGAACUACGUCUGCAACUACGGGCCCAGGUGAGAACUCCAUUUUUCACCAUUCGAUUCCAUUCGACUCGACUACGCGUCAGUUUAAGAAAAAAAAAAAAGGGAAAACUAUUCUGAGGAAAUUGAAGAUCAAAUGAUCAACGAUCACUGUAAAGCGCGUUGUUUGAAAUAUUUACAAAGAUUAGUCGCGUCCACGUUUUUUUCUAGCGUUUGAUACAAUUAUUUUUUAUCUGUCUAUUAGUGAGUAA